AUGACUGACAGCUCCAAAUUCAGAAAGACCAUAGACCUCUUACCCGGAGACCUAUAUGUCGAGAUCCUAAAAUCUUUCAGGAAAUUCGGUGUGUUCGGAUGUCAAAUUGCCAUAAUCCGAGAAAUUGAUGGUGAAGUCGAACCUUUGGGUGUAUCUUAUCCUAUGGGUACGCUUGAUGGAAAAACGGAUGUAGUGGGAGAGGAUAUAUUCCCACUUGGCGGAUCAACCCUAUUCAUCGCGCUAGUGGCGCUGCACAAAGCACUUGAAUUGAAGGGAUACAGUCUCACCACGCCCCUGAAGGAAGUGGUGUCAGAAAUGACCCUACUGGAUAAUGGUAUAGACGAGACCAAAAACUGCGUUGAUAUCUUGAACCACAAAAAGUGUACAUCUGGUGAGAUUGAUGAGAAUGCUAAGAAAAUCAUCGAACAGUUGAGUAAGAAGGAUUAUGUCACUUUCGUUCAAGAGGAGGUAUUGACGGCUUGUAAUAUGAAAUGCUCCAAGAUUGAGCAAGGAAAAGUAUGGAGUAAUGGUAGAGAUCUGCUGAAAUUCCACUGCAACCCUCAAUUCAGCAAAUUGUACGGCCAUAUCUUGAUCGAAGACCACCAGAGUAGCUCACAAUCAAGGUUAGUCAAGAGCACUUAUGCGGGUGUGGAGGUGUACGAGAUCGAAUCAGAAGAUGAUCAGUAUGGUAAUUUGACCGUUAUAUUGGGAGGUCAUCGAACCCAAUUGAUCGUUCUUUACAAGAAGAGCGAUGGGAAACAAGGCAGAGAAAAAGAAGAUUUCGUGGCUUGGUUGAAACCGAGGUUGAUUGAACAUCUCUCCAAACUUGUUGUCCAACAAUAG